CAUACACCAUCUAAAAGCAGCAGGCAUCACUGCCAGUGGGACAAUUAUCCUUCACUUGAAGACACACCUGGAAAAGGAAUUCUCUGGGAGAAGUCACACCUCAUCCCAAGAAAACAGGAGCUUCCAGCAGGACUGUGCAGGGUGAGAUCCCUGCAGAAUCCUCAGUGUAAAAGAAUUAUCGAGGCGUUACUGUGGAUAUCAUCAUGCCUUUUCUCCUGUGCUUGAAAAGAAAGAAGUCACCUGUGCCUUUAGGCAGGAGUAUCUUUCAGAAACACCCCCCUCUCACCCAGCAGAACUAUCAAGCCUUGCUGGAAACUUGCUUGAAGAACAAUCAGCUGUUCACAGAUGACAGCUUCCCUGCUCACAUCAGCUCUAUUGGAACUGGAGCACUGCUGAAGAAACUGCCUCAAAAUUUACAGUGGAAGAGGCCACAUGCUUUGCAUAGAAGUCCAGUAUUUUAUGCUGCAAACAGAAAGCAACUUGAUCUCUGCCAAGGACUGGUGGAGAACUGCUGGUUCCUGGCAGCCCUGCAAGCCCUGACGUUCCACCAGGACAUCUUUGCUGCAGUCGUGCCACAAAACCAGAGCUUUGAGAGGAAAUAUGCUGGUAUUUUCCACUUCCAGUUCUGGCAUUUUGGUGAAUGGGUUGAUGUGGUGGUUGAUGAUCGCCUGCCUGUGAAUGAGGCAGGGGAGCUGAUCUUUGUUUCCUCAGUCUAUAAGAACGUGUUCUGGGGAGCCCUUCUGGAGAAGGCAUAUGCUAAACUCUAUGGCUCCUAUGAAGAUCUGCAAUUUGGGCAAGUUUCAGAAGCCUUGGUGGAUUUUACAGGUGGUGUUAAUGUAAGGAUCAAGCUUGCAGCAGCUCCUCCUGAUUUGUGGGAUAUCCUGACCAGAGCCACCUACAGCAGAUCUCUUAUGGGCUGUCAGACACAUUUAGGGGCAACAAAGGUCCUGAAGAAUGGGCUUGUUGCUGGCCAUGCAUACACAGUAACUGGUAUUAGAAAGGUGACCUGUCAAUAUGGACCGGAAAACCUAGUGAGACUGAGAAAUCCAUGGGGAAAAAUUGAAUGGAAAGGAGACUGGAGUGACAGCUCUUACAAAUGGGAGCUGCUGAGCCCGAAGGAGAAGAUUUUGCUGAGGAAAAAGAAGGAUGACGGAGAAUUCUGGAUGUCUCUGCGAGAUUUUAAGAUUCAUUUUGUAGAUCUGAUGAUCUGUAAGUUAACUCCAGACCUGAUGAGCCAGGAAUAUGGGAAGAAGUGGAUGUACUCCCUGAAGAGAGGGAGAUGGGUUAAAGGAAGUACAGCAGGAGGAAGUCUGGGAUUCCGUAAUGGCACCUUUUGGAUGAACCCUCAGUAUUGGCUGAAUGUUUUACCAGUUGAAGACAGUAAGAAAAGCCUGGGUUCCUGCAGUGUGGUUAUAUCCCUGAUGCAGAAACACAGCAGCAAACAUAGGAACCGAGCGCCCCACCUCUUCAUUGGGUUUUCACUCUACAAGGUGUGAAGAAUUUACCAAGAAAGCAACAGAAAGCUGCCCCCAGCAUUCUUCACCCAACAUCAGCCUGUGAACAAGCACCAGGUCUUCCUUGAUGAGCGAGAGGUGACUCAUGACUUCCACCUGGAGCCUUGUGUCUAUGUGAUUGUCCCAUCCACCCUGGAGCCUCAGCAGGAGGCUGAAUUCAUCCUGCGGGUCUUCUCCAGGAAGCACAUUCUUCGGGAAAUGGGUGGCAACAGCAGUUUCACCCUAUCUAAGGAAAUUGUAGAUAGGUAUGAGGGCAAGAUCUGGGAGGAUUUCUUCACAAAAUAUUUUGAACAGAAUCCUGAAAUAAAUGCUGUUCAGCUCCAGAGGAUCCUGAAUAAUAUAUCUUGGAGAAAUUUCCAGGGUUUUCACCUGAGUUUCAGUCUGGAUGCCUGCCAGGGUAUCUUGGCGCUCCUGGAUCUGAACACCUCUGGCACGCUGAGUAUCCAGGAAUUCAGAGUCCUGUGGAAAAGGCUGCUUUUCUAUUUGGAAGUGUUCCAGAAAAGAGAUACUAGCAGAUCAGGAAAGCUUGACCUUGCGGAACUGCAUGCAGCUGUACAGGAGACAGGUAUUUCUCUCAGCAAUGAAGUCUGUAAUUUGAUGGCAAUCAGAUAUGGUGACCCUGACUUAAAGAUCCGCUUUGAGAGUUUUGUGUGCUUCAUGCUUCGAGUGGAGAUCGUGGGAGAAGCCUUUCGUAACUUAACACAAGAUGGCAAAGGGAUUUAUCUCCAGGAAUCCGAGUGGAUGAUGAUGACACUGUAUUCUUGAAGCAAUGCUGUAGAUGAGGGGACGACUAAGCCUGUACCAGGAUGAGGAAAGCUGCUUUGUAUCAACUUCCUGUACACUCUGGCUCAGCCCUGCAAUUUACCAUUUAUGAAGAGUCUUCCCCUCAAGCAGACUUGGCUCAAUAACCACGGACUUGGUGAACUGGAGUUUUGCUAGUUAAUGUAUUUAUUUUGAGUCCUAUUUCACUUCAGACAACCCAUCUGGGAACAGGCUGCUGGAUGCCAACCACUGUGAGUGCACAGUGUGACAAUAUGGAGUAUAGUGGCUGAGUUGCUGUGCUUGGUGCUGGGGUUCUUGUACCUGGGAGAGAAACAGCUCCUGCCACGAGUGGCUUGUCGCCUAACAGAGGAAAUCCCAGUUCUGCAGCUGCUAAAUCCAUGGCGGAGGGCAGGAGUCUGUGUGCUUGUGAGGAAGAAGGGGUGGGAACUCUUUGAAUGAAUGCUCUUCCCUAACCAUGACUUGGAAAAGGGGUUUGCAAGCAUUCAAACCGUCUCUUUUGCCUUUAGAAGUCAACAUAGUUCUAUUAAAGUGAAACUAAGUUGAUUUGACCAAGCGAUGAGCCAGGCCUCCAGCUCUUUGUUGUAGAUGGAGGCUGUGAUGUUUGUAUAUUUAUCUCAGAAAGGCAGUGGGUUCUCUGUGCAGAUUGAAAAGUACAGGAUCGUGAGAAGUCAACUGAUCCCAUAUUGUCUUUAAGUCACCAGGGAUUGGCAGGGAGUAGAUGUUCUCUGUAGCAUGAUGCAGGAGCAGUCUGGUAAAACAUUUGGAUAUUUGUCAGUUACUUCUUAUAAAGCAGAAUGAGAGAGAUAGUGUGUGUGCGCGCGUGCAUGUAUGUGUACUUUUAAGUGAUGCAGCCACAUGUAGGUUAUAGCUAAUUAAAUAGUGGAAACCGGCUGUGUAGCUGUGAACAGCGUUAGAGAACAUGUAAGUAGGACUAUUCACAUCAAACUCCAUGCUGGAGUCGCCUGAUGCAUCUGUCUGGGGGAUCCUUUUUCACUUUCUUACCAUUUAUUUAUCUUUGCUGGAAAUUUCCACACUGAGUGCCUAUUACAGGCUUUUUUUCCCUUUGUUCCUGCAGACAGCACUAUUGUGGCUCUUUUCCAGAGCACAGCUUAGUCUGGGCGCUGAAUGAAACAGAGCUCCACUGGAAAUGAGCAUAUAAUGAAAGACCAUACUCUAAUGCCUUUGUAGGAAGGAGUUACAUUAAGCUUGCAUAGGCAGCUUUCCCUCUGGCCUUUUGUGACUUUUAAGGUGCUUAAUCUCAUAAAUGUCCUUUGAGAGUGUAUAUGAGAUUCAGGAGUGAGGUGGACUGUGGAUAAGAAUGUAAACACAAGCAAAAGGCUGAACUCGGCUGUGUGCUUACUGCUGCACUGAAGCCUGUGCAACAGCAUAAGCAUAUUUAGACAGGAACCCCAUUGCGUGUAAGUGUUCCUAGUCAGGAUGCAUUAAACAGUAAAAACAACAGUGUGCACUUUAUUCCCCAGAGCAGUCUGUUUCUAAACAGUAUCAUUCUCAUUCUGUUUUUAUGAGAAAACUGUUAGAACCAGAUAAAUAGAUAGCUGUGUUUGGACUUUUUUAUUACAGAUGAUAUAUCUAUCAUCUAUUGUGCUUGGCCUGCUGUGGUGUCACUGGAGCCAAAGGGUUCAGAUCUGGGAAACAGAGCAGGUUGGAGGGAGCAGGGACACCCAGAGCCCUUGAGCAGCGGUGUCGUGGUGCUGCUGUCCUGCUGGGCUGCCGAAGAGGCUCAGUUAGCAGCUCCCGUCACAAAGCACAUGCCUUCUCCCAACUGUCAUGCCUCUGUUUCCUUUUGUGGCUUGCAGCUGAACACGGUGGUGCAAGCUAUAUUAGCCUGAUUUAAUUUGCACUCAGCUCAGUGGGGUAUGUUAUAAACACUGAUUUACUGUGUGCAGGAGCAGCACUGGAGGAACCCGAAAAGUUGAUUGAGGGAGCGUAGGCCUUGCGCUUCAGCACACUCCAAAAAAGAUGGUCCCUGGCACCCACGGGGAUGGCCAGGGGGUUUUGUGUGAGUGUAGAGUGUUCACAGCAGGACUCUGUUGGAUGUGAAGGGAUGGAAACCUAUCAGUCCCAACUGGGUUUGUUGCACAAUGUGUGUAAUCAGCUGAGCAAGAGUCAUGUAAGGCUGGGAGUAGCUCUGCCACAGGCUGUGAGCAAAACUGUGGUGCAGGACACCCAGUUUCAAAUUGCAGUUCAUUAAUAAUGUUGUACAUAUUUUUUUUUCAAAUCAGAUUUUGUAGUUAUUUACUUCACACCUCUUUAAUGCAGAGCAAUGUAAUUGCAGGCAGAUUAUUUUGCUAUUGAUUACUUGAUCCAGGAAAGAAACAGAAUUCAUCCAUGCCAUGAAUCACUAAGCAUUUGCAGCAAUAAACUUUAUUGAGCCAUGUGACUUGCUGUUACAGAAUUGUAAAGAAUGCUUUACUGGAAUGAUCAGACCAAACUGUGUACAAUUCAAACUGAAUUAUUUGGCUCACAAUAAAAUGUUUUUGGCAAGGGCACCUA